AUGGAUUGUUCUCUGUACAACGCAGCAAGAGAAGGAGACGUGGAGUUCUUGAAACAGUUUAUCCAAAGUGAUAAUCACAACAGUCUCCUCUUGCAUACAAAUCAGGAGAACAAUAUAAUUCACGUAGCUGCAAAAUUGGGUCAUGAAUCAUUUAUUCAUGGGGCUCUCCAAACAUCUACCUUCCUUGCAAGCCAUAAAAACUCAAAGGGUGACACUCCCUUACAUGUUGCAGCGAGAGCUGGCCAUAUUGCUGUGGUAAAACUUCUCAUUAAUGACAAAAGAAGUAGAGGUAUGUUUAGAGUUGAUUCGAUCGAAACUCCGGGUACAACUGUUUUGAGAGAAAUGGAAGAGGGAGAGAGUGGAAUUCCGAAUCUGUGGAGGAUGAGAAAUAAGGCUCAAAGCUUGGCUUUGCAUGAGGCUUUGAGGAAUGGACAUGAGGAAGUUGCACUGUGCUUGUGGGAGCUAGACAAUGAAAAUGAAAAUGAAAAGGCUGGAGUUGUGACAAGUGCAGGUGAGAGCCCUCUAUAUUUAGCUGCUGAAUCAAGGUGCGAGGCCGUGUUGCUGAGGAUUUUAAGGUUCUUAAGACUAAAUGCAGAGAGAGUCAAUCUCUUGCGUGAGGCUGUCCGAGGCCCUGAUGGCAGAAUCCCUUGCAUGCCGCCGUCCUUGCAAGAAGCACUGGACGCCAUUACAAACUUUGAUGUCCUUCAAGAGAUACUCCUAUACUGUCCAGACACAAUGGAACUCUGUGACCCUACUGGCCAGAACGCGCUUCAUCUUGUUGUGUUAAACAACACUACGCGCAAUGUCAGGGAAUUCUUGCGCUUGCAAGAGAUGAAGGAGCUUGUGAAUGAACCUGACGUCGAAGGCGACACACCGUUGCAUUUUGCUAUCAAGAACGAGAACUACAAGAUGGUGAGAAAAUUGAUGGCAACUGAAUGCGUAGACUUGAGAACCAAGAACAACAAAGGCCUCACAGCUCUAGACAUUUGCGAGUCGGACUGGAAUCUUUCUUACAGACUGCAAAACUGGUUCACUUUCAACUCUCAACUUCCCAGACAUUUNGAACUAGGUACCGCAAUCCUCAUAGAGAAAUUAUCACUUAAGGUAUUUGUGUUGGCUGAUUCACUUGCAAUGUGUUCUUCCAUGACAAUGGUGUUUCUCUUAAUUCUAGCAAUGGUUGGUGAUCCUGCCUUCUUGCGCUCAGCAAUUUUUUAUAGCAAGAACUUGCUGAAUAUCGCCCUUUUCGGAACGUUGGUUGCCUUUGUAACUAGAUUGUACACUGUAAUAUCACCAAAGAGUGAAUGGUUAGCCAUCAUUGUCGUCGUCAUAGGCUCCAGUGUUCCAUUUCUCAUCAAAUUUUUGAACCGGAAGUCUUCCACUUUGUAA